GCACAUUUUUCGGAAGAAACAUUUUCAAAAAUUCCAAAUUUUUUAUUCCAUACAAAUAUUUUUUUUGAACGUACAGAAAUGAAUACUUUCCGAGUCGCGCUUCCAUUCCGGAUAGCAGCAAACCAUAUUCUACAACAGUUUAGAUCAGUCAGUUCUAAGACUGGCAGAGCACUCGUUAGUGUACCCAAGAUUCAAAUCGCAAGUGGGGAAAUUCUUUACCUGUUGAUCUCGAUCUACAUUCAUGGUGAAAGCCUAUUCGCAAGGACUAUCGUGCGUGGUCGAAAGGCAAAACGACAUCUUAACUUAUACGAUCGCAUUCGCUCCGAAAUGCAGAAACUGGGACUUUGUACGCGGGCUCUGGGCGGUGGUAUGAUGAACAUCAAUAGUGACAGUCGUAAAAUAAAAAUAUAUGGUAAAUGCAAGACCUUUGGAAGAGCAGAUCACUAUAGAACUAAAGACAUAUUGAAAUCGUCAAAGAAAUACGGCAAAUACAAAAUAUCUGUAAGAAAGUAAUCGCUAAAGCCAUUUCGGUCUUAUUUUAAAAGAAAUGCAUUGGCAUUAUGAAAUUAUUAAUAAAUCCAAUAGAAAUAUAA